UGUGUUGUUACUUAAUAUUAGUAUUGAUUGAGGUAUGGCUACUAAUGUAUCUAUUUUCAUGAGUUCCUCAAGUGAUAUUAUUAAGAGUAAUAGUGAAAUGCUUGAAAAGUUUUAUUUUAAAUGCAAAUAAAGGAAAUCUAUUUCAAAAUCACAAAUACCAUUUGAUGAACUGUGUUGGACAUCUUUUACCAUAACAAUGAUUUGUUCUGUGCUUACUCCAAUGGAUUUGUACAGAUACUUAGUGGAAAUUGGAUUUAUUGAUACCAGUGUGUCAUCGUAUUGUCUUCAGUGUUCUGGGCAACUAACAUUGAUUCCUUCUACUACUGUCAUUGAUGGUUGCCAACUGAAAUGUAAUAAUAGAAUUGGAGUUAAUGGUAGUACUAACAAAACAAAGUUGUGUUCUAAAAAAUUUACUAUUAGAAGAUAUUCUUGGUUUCACAAAUCUCAUCUAACGAUUCAUCAGAUCUUAACACUAACGUAUUAUUGGUGGAGUGAAAUUUCUCAGAAGUAUGUGGAAAAUGAUCUGGAUUUAGCUCAUGGAACUCCCAUUGAUUGGUACAAUUUUUGCCGUGAAGUUUCGGAAGAUGUAGUAAUUAACAAUUCUGAAAAGAUUGGUGGCUUUGGUAUUACGGUAGAAAUAGACGAAUCGAAAUUUGGCAAAAGAAAAUAUAAUCGAGGCAAAAGGGUAGAGGGAGUAUGGGUUUUUGGUGGAGUAGAAAGAAUAUCUGGAAAAUGUUUUCUUGUAGCAGUGAGUGAUAGAUCGGCAACUACAUUAUUGGAUGUAAUCAAAGAAUGGAUUCUACCUGGUUCUAUCAUUAUAUCUGAUUGCUGGAAAGCAUAUGACAAAAUAGAGGAACACAAUAACUACAUUCAUCUGAAAGUUAAUCAUAGCUUGCAUUUUAAAGAUCCAGAAAAUGGAGCACAUACCAACCAAAUAGAGGGUAAAUCAAUUUAUAUUUAGUCUGAUUAGUAAUAAGUUAUUGUUUUUUUCAGGA